UCCACCGAAACACAACGGAAAAAGCCGUGAUAAGUUGCAGCAAAAUUUUGCAAUCGAAAAAAAACUGUGAAAAUUGCCUUUAUUGUUGGUGAAAAGCGAAACUUUAUGCGUGGUAUUCGGGGUAAAUCGAACGAAACUUCAAUGUCCAUCAGAGUGUAGUGUUGAGUGUAGCAGCAGAAUUUUGUCCGUUGGCUUUUGCGUUGUGAUUGUUUUAGUCGAGGUGGAAAGCGAAAAAAAAACAUGGACGGACUCCGGUGGUCCCGGGUCUUACUACAAUGGGUCAAAGAUUCCCGCCUCAUCAACUGCGAGUGCGAAAGCAUCGAACAGUGCAGCGUCGAAGAGUUCUACCGGCAGUUCCGCUCGCGAAUGCAGUCGGUGGUGUCGCUUCCGGAAGAUGGCAUUAUCAGCUUUCUCAAGGAGCACUUUCCGCACUACGAACUGUACCUGACAGAAACGGGGCAGAUCGCUGCUCCGGACCAUUUCUACAUCUUUUCCCUGCUGCUGUUCUUCUCCUGCGUCCGUCACUCGGAACGGUUCUUCCAGCAGAUUUGCAACGGCUUCGACAAGCCACAGCAGUAUGCCGUGACGGCGUUUCUCAAGUCCAUGUGGGAGGCCGCGCAUCAGCGGAAGGAAGUCGACCGGAUGAUGAUUCGGCAAGCAAUUCAGGACGCGAUGCCGCAGACUAUGUUACCUCCGGAAACGACUCCUCCGCAGCGUGCUGAGCAACUGAGCAUGCCCUCUCGGUUAACCUCCAGCAGUGACGUCCUGGACAGUCCGUUGCGGUUGAAUAGGCAACCGCCAAAAAUUUCACCGCCUACGCCCAGGACGAUCAUCUUGGACGAGAAAACCAAGCAGCUGAAGGAGCUCAAGGCGCAGCUGGAGGCGGAGAACUACGACAAAGGAUACCUGGAGGUGCAGCUGAAGCAGCUGCAGGACAAGAAUGAUAAAUUAUUGGAGGAAAAGCGCCAACAUGUGAAGGAGAUCCGGGAGCUACGCACGGAGCUGCAGGCGAGCAAUCGUGAAAAUGAGUCGCCUAACAAACAGCGGAGCACCGAUCAUAAGGUGGCCCGCAUAGAACGGCAGCUGGCCGAGAAGGAGGAAGCGCUCGAUAGGUUUAAAAUCGAGCUGGAAACCGUCGGCGAAAAUUACAAGAAUGCAACGGAGAUGGUCAACUACCGCAACGUACAGAUCGUCAAGCUCAAGGACCAAAUCCAGGAGCUGGAAAAUUCCCUCGGAUCCCUGUCGGAGUGCAUCGCCGAGAAGGACGAGGUAAUCAAGUGCCUGCGGGAAAACAACGAAGAACUGCAACGCUUCAUCGAAGAAAGUCGCUUCAAGCAGAACGAUCCACUGCCGGAGAACUUGAACACCUCCUUCGAUGGGUUGGAACUCAGCUCGGGUGGCAGCAGUGUUGGUGCAUCCGGCAAGAGCUACAGUAUCAGCCCGGAAAAUAUGGCCCAAGCGGUGGUGGAUGUGCAGCUAAAGGAGAAGGAAGCGGAGAAUUGUAUGCUCAAGCGAUCGUUGGACAUGAUCGAGCAGGAGAAAGUUAGGGUCUCCGGGUUGGUAGGAAGCUUCUUCCGGCUGUACGACGAUAUGGUCGGAGCGUUGCCGUUUGGAAGUGCAAACCCACAGGAUGUUGGGUUUGUGGAGAAGAUGAACAUUUUCAAGGCAUGCUAUCAGACGUUGUUCGAGGAGCUGGGCAAGUUCAAGGAAGGAAAGGAACUACUGGAAGUCAAGAGCGAGGCACUGGAGGAAGAUGUGAGGGCGCUUAAGACGGAACUGGUGGCCAAGAUGGAGGUUCUGGGUAAGCUCGAAAGCCAUUCGGCGGAUAUUGAAAGACAGUUGGAGCUGGUACAGAAAACAGCCAGUGAAUAUCAACGGAAGAAUGUAGCAUUGGACGAAGACUUGAACAGACAGAAGCGUGAUCUGUUGAAGUUGAUUUCGGAAAAGGAUUCUUUGAGCCAGCAGAAUCUGCACCUAAAUGUGGAAUUCAAUAGCCUGAAGGGAGACCACGAAUCUUUGACGCAGAAGAUUGACUAUCUGAUGCUGUCGCUGAAUGAGGACUACGAGGGAAGCGAUUUUUCGUCAUGGUUCGACAAGAUGGACGACCUAAAAGAACGGCUGCGCACGCUGAAGGACGACAAGGAACGUUUGACGACGAUGAACAUGAAGAUCACGAUGGAAAAGGUUGGCUUGGAAAAGGAUCUCAGCAACAGCGACGUCAAACUGAGGGAAAUGGAGGAACGACAAGAUGAGUCGGAACAAAAGAUCAGGCAGCUGAGCGAACAGUUGCGAAGAAGUGAAACAGCACUGACGGAGAGAGACGAUCGUGUGGCUUCAUUGGAAAGAAUGAAGGCCGAUCUAGAAGAAAACAUACAAGGUCUGUCUGCUGAGUUACUGGAAUUGCAAGAUAGUCUGAAUAAUAAGUCGGAGGAUUUCCAAUCUUGCGAGGAAACUCUACACGCUGUGCGAGAGGAACUUGAUUCUCAAGCUAAAGAAUUAGCGGUUGAAAAGGAAACGAAUGCAACGCUUCAAUCGAACUUGGAAGUUCAAUUAACCGCGCUACAGGAUAUGGAACAACUGCAGCAGAAAACUGUCAACGAGAAGAAUCAGUUGGCAAUUAAGCUUGAGGAAUUACAACAGAAUCUGUCCAAUGAAAGCAGCAACUUACUCGAAACUAUCAAGAAUCUUGACCAAGUCAAGAUUGAAAAGCAACAACUGAUCGAAGAAAGAAAUCAAAUUCAACAACAGAAACUUGCUUUGGAAGAAAGCCUAUCGGCACAACGAAGCGAAUCGAGCAAGAACUGUGAAAUAGUUCAAAGCUUGGAAGCACAAGUACAAAACAUGGAGCAACUGCUUGCGAAUCAAUCCGAGCAAUCGAAGGAGAUGGAACGAUCGCUUAACGGUCGAAUCGAUGAAAAGCAAAAACUACUAGCUGCUGCGAAGAAUGAACAGGACGUUCUGACCGCGGUCAAUCGUUCUCUCCUGUCCGGUUUCGAGUUGAUUCAAACUAAUAUUGAACGGCUGGAAGAUCAGUAUCUGGACAAGAUUGUCAACCUCCAAGGAAAGCUAGGGGAAUUCUCAGCUCUGGUCACGAAACUAUCGGCGUAUCAGUUCAAACUGCGUUUGGAGAAGACGCAAUUGGAGGAAAAUCUCGGAAAAAUGAACGCCGAAUUUAAAGCGCUGCAGAUUGAGAACGAUAAACUGAUGGAAGUGGAAAAGACUUUGCACCAGACGGUUCAGAAGCUGCAUACCGAAAAGGGAGCGAUGGAAGAACGAAGCUUUGGGUUGGAAGAACAGCUGGCAGAGAUGGAAUUUAGACUGGACUUGGACGGUGGUAGAAUCAAAGAACUGGAGAGUAGCUACGAGGAGUUGAUUGUUGAAAAGACGAAGUUGCUUGAAGACGGAAACAAGCGGGAAGCGGAGCAGAGAAAACAGGUCGAAGAUGCUGUAGUUCACUCGGAGAAAUUGCUAGUAGAAAUCAAGGAAAUGGACGAAUCUCGUGCAGGUCUGCAACAGCAAUUCGAUGAAAAGAUUAAACAUCUGAAAGACGUUUCCCGCGAGCGUGAUGAAAUGGAAGUUAAGUGUUCGCGACUGGAGGUCGAUCUGAAGGAAAUGCAGACAGAUCUGGAAGAGCAGAAACAGCUAACGGCCAGAAGAUGCCAAGAAAACGAUGCACUGGAAGAUCAGUUGCAAGCGAUUCGCCUGGAAUUGGCUCAAGUGGUAGAAGAGAAGACACGCUUGGAAGCAAAUUUGGCGGAAGAACAGGUGGCACUUGCAGAGCGUAACGACACCAUUUCACGACUGUGUCGUGAGAAGGAGCUGCUGGAAGAAAAGGUCCAAGAAUUGGCAACGCUUUUAAUUACGGUUCGGCAAACCAAAGCCGCUUUGCAACGAUCCCUCGAAGAGGAACAGGAAAAAUCCGAUGAGUUGUCCUCUCAAAUCGAAGAUCUCAAUACGAAACUAUCGACGGCAGCAGAAGAACUCGGUCAGUUAGCUAUGGAAAAAGAAGAGCUAUUGAACACACAGAGCGCCAUCGAAGCGGAGAAGCAAGAGUUCGUAGAAAGAGUACAAGAACUGACGGAAUCGAUUGCGUUUGUCGAAGAAGAUAGAGAUACCCUGCGCGAGGAAAAGUGUCGACUGGAAGCGGAGGUCGAACGGAUCGAUCACGACAAAGGAUCGCUGGACGAACAGUGCGGAAAGUUGCUCAAACAGCUGUCGAUGGAACGCGAGGAAGCUGCGGCUCAAAAGGCGAAGCAUGAGAAAACGACUACAGCGUUGAGUAAGGAACGCGCCGAGUUGGAAGUUAAGCUCAAGGUGAUGGAUGAGAAACGAAACGUACUGGACGGAAAGGUUCAGGAGCUGGAGGAGUCAAAGAAGGUUCUGGAGGUGGCGCUCGGUGAUAAGGGUGCUGUGGAAAGUAAGGUUGGUGAGUUGUCGAAACUGGUCGAUGAAUUGCGUGUGGAGAGAGCUAAUCUAGAAGCGGAGAAGACGUGCCUAUGUAAAGAACAGGAAUCGAACAAGAAGGCGAUCGACGAACUAAAGAAGGAGCUAACUAGCAUGGAGGAGAUUAAAGCAACUAAGGAAAGUGAAGUUUUAAUGCUGCAGGAGACGAACCAGGAGCUGCAAAUGACUGUCGAAGAAACGGUUAAAGCACUUGACGCAUCGAAGCAGGUGAUCAAGUCUCUGGAAGGGGAAAGUAAGAAACUGGAGGAAGGAUUGGCGCAGAAGGAAGCCGAAGUGGUUAAACUCGCUACAGAGGUCGAGGAGACCAACAAGAAUCGAAGGGAGGUUGAGGAAUCGUUGAAGGCGAAGGAGCAAGAAUCGGCCGAGGUUGAGAAGCAGUUAGUCGAAAAGGUUAAGGAGAUCGAGGUAACUCAGCAGCAGAAACAAGAAGAGAUUUUACUGCAGACUGAGAACAUUCAAUAUAUUCAGACCGAACAGCAGGAAACCUCAAAGCGUUUGGAACAAGCAUUGAAGGAAAAGAGCAACUUGGAAUCGAUGGUACUCCAGCUAACCGAUGAGUUGGACAAUCGAUCAAAAGAACUAACUCAUGCUGCAAAGGAAAUCCACUUGAAGGAGCAGGAAAUCUUCACAGCGUCCGAAUCGUUGAACGCUUCGGAAGCUAAAUCGUCCGAACUCAAGAUGUCGAUUGCUGAACUCAACUCUGAAAAGACAUCCCUUGAAUCAAAACUGCGAAAUUUGGAAGAUGAGCUCGAAACGCAGAAAAAGCUGACGCUUUCCAAGGAACAGACGGCAGAAGAACUAACCGCAAAGCUCGCUGAGACAAGCGAAUCCAAGAAGCGUCUCGAACUUCAACUGAAUCAACUGGAAUCCGAUCGAUCGGCGGUGGAAUCCACCAAUCAGCUACUCGUUCAGCAGCUAUCGAACGUAAAGGCACAGGUCACCGAUCAGCUGGAUUUCAUAGAUGCGAAGGACUCGGAGAUACAUCAGCUAACCGCGGGAUUGGAGAAAGUUAAAUCCAUCCAAUCACAGUUGGAAAAGAAGGUGUCGGGUUUCGAGUCAAUCGUCGCCGAGAAGGACGAAAUUGAAUCACAACUGGUUCGAUUGCAGAACGAGCUGGAACUGGUUCGGGAUGAUAAGCGAAAGAUCGAGUCGGAGUUGGAAAAGGUUAAGGAGGAGAACAAUGAUGUGGAUCGACGGUUGAUACAGCAACUGCAGGAUUAUGAUACACUGAAUGAGGCGUUCCUGAAUGAACGGGACUCGAACAGGGAGUUGACGGAGAAACAUCUGGAGCUGGACAGGACUGUUCAAGACUUGCGCCAAGAGAACAGUCGAUUGGUGCAGGCUCAGGAAAGUUGCAAGUCACUACUGGCAGCUAAGGAGAAACGGCUGGUCGAACAGGAGAAGCAAAUGGAAAAAUUGAAGCGUGAAAUGGAUGGGUUGUUCGGAAAGAACCAGCAGAUGGAUUCGUUGUCGCACGAAUUUAUGCAGCUGAAGGUGGAGAAGUCUGAGCUGGAGGCCAAGAAGGAAGAACUGAACGAGGCAAUCGAACAGAACGAAAUCCAGCAGAAAGCAAUGCAAGAGAGUAUGGAUCAUUUGAGGGAAAGUUUGAAGGUGAAACAACAGGAGCUGGAUGUGAUGCAUUCGGAUAUGACAACACUGAAAGAGACGCUGCAUACGUUGAAGAUCGAGAAUAGUAGAUUGAAGUCGACGCAGGAAUUGCAGCAGGAUAAGAUGCUUAAUUUGGAGCUAAAGAAUACCGAGCAAAGUAAGAAGAUUGAAAAGUUGGAGGAAUCGCUGAGUAAGACGGAAAUUAGUCACAUGGAGGACAAUUCUAAGGCAUCUACACUGCUGAAGCAGCUGGAUAAGUACAAAGAGUACGAAGUGAAGAUGAAGCAACUGGAAGAGCUGCAUCAGAAGGAGCGCGAUAUCAACGAAAAGGGCAUCAGGGACAAUGACAUACUGAGGGCGAAGUUGAUUAAGCACCGAAAGGUGUCCGAAGAGCAGGAACAGAAAUGGAAGCAAGAUAUGCAGUUGUUGACUAGGAAGCUCGAAGAUGUUACCAAGCUAGCGGACGAAAAGCUAAAGGAAGUACGCAUCGAGUACGAGGGCAAGCUGGAGAAGAUGAAGGAAAAAAUGAAAUCGUUGUACAACGAUGAAAUCCUCAAGAUCAACAAACGGCACGAGAAAGACUAUUCGGAACUCAAAGUCGAAAUAGACCACGAGAAGAAGAAGUUCUGCAAAAUGGAAGUCCACGCCGGUAAACUGCAACAGCAGAUCGGCAAUCUGAACGAGAAGAACCUGGAUCUGAUGAAGGAGAACGAGUUCAUGAAGUCCAAGCUUCGCAUCAUGGAGGAAAUCCGAGGGGAACGCAAGUCCAUGCUACCACCACCGGCCCAUGCCCGACUCUGUGCCAACCUAAAGAUGGAAGACGAAGAGGGUGAAAUCUUUAACAAUACCUACCUGACGGAUCUGAAAGCGGGUCGCAUGUCGCCGCCGUUUGCCGGUCGGGACUCGAUUCGGUACUCGGAACUGCAGCAGCGCAAUUCGAUGCUACCUCCGCACCUGAAGAGCAGCUAUCUGCCGCAGUACGUUGACGGGGAGCUGACGGACGAUGACAACAGGGACCUCGCCGCCGGCAACCUGGACGACAGCAGUACCAGCUUGAUAUCGCGCAAGAAGCUAAGUGGUACGACCUCUUACAAACGACCUGGGCCGCCGACACCGAGCAAGAAGGCCGGACGCCUAUCGUUCGGUGGAUCUCUACCGACCAACGAUUUCCAGUACAAGGAAAUUCUCAAAGAUAAUUCUCAAAGCAAUGGUGGGAUGACGACGACGUCUACGAUGUCUUCUUUCGGAAGUCGCCUCAGUUUCGGCGGUCGGAAAAGCAAUGUAGAUUCCUCGAUGGCGGCGGGUGCUGCCGCCGGCAGUAGUGGAAGUAUUGCCGAUUUGAACGCCCGCCGGAAGACUCCCGGCAAGUUCAAGCAGAUGAUCAGCUCGACGAAUCUCUUCAACACGCUGCAAGCGGAGAAGGACGAGACUCCUAAGAGACGUGACCUGCUACCGAUUGUGCAUCCACUAAUCACGAAAAUAAACUGUGACGACGAGACCGACUUGGGACGCACCGGACUGGACGACCGACGACUUCGACCGCGACCAUCAAGACGAAACUCAACCACCAACGACAAUAGUGACAAGACAAGAAAAACCCAGAAACACCUCCACUUCCGGAAAAUCAUGAACCGAUUCGACACAAAUCGCCGCUUGAGCAGUGCAAACAAUAGUAGUGACAGCGCAGGAAGCAGUCCCCCUAACGUUGCGGUGGGUGCAGAUGACGGUGAUGGUGAUCCAUACGGUGGAUUCUCGUACGAGGGCACUCCGGAUCGAGUCCGCAAGAUCGACAUCAAUUCAAUGGCGGUUUUCGGCAAAAGUGAUCCCAAGCCAAUGGUAAUGGUGUUCAGCGGGGAUCGCAAGGACCUGAACAACAACCAUGGUGAGAUCGUGAGCAAGACUCCCUCCAAGAAGAUCGAUCCCAAUAUGGUGAAUAGGAAACUCGAAACGAGUACCUUUGUGCAGCGGCUCUCCACCAAUCGACGGGACAAGCAUCGACGGAAAAGUCAGGACCAACGAAGGCGGUCCUUCAACCGACUGAGAAAUAUCGACGGGGAAGCGAUCGGUCGGCGAUCGCCGAAUGAAUUUGAAGACGAGCAAUCCGAGGAAGAAUUCGCAAUUGAUCACUCCAAGAGCAACUUUGAACUAUUGCUGGACGAAAUGGUACUGGACCGACCGAGUGAAAUCCUUCCGAACUCUCGACUUCAACUCCAGCGCAGCUGCAUGUCGGAUCCUUUCGAGGAUGUGGUAAGCAGCUCGACGGGGCUACCACCCGUCUCGGUUCCGUUGAUGGAUCGGUUUUCGGAAAUAAUUCGCAUCGCCACACUCCAGCAGGAAUAUUCGGAAACCCGGGCGGUGAAAGCUAAUGCCGAGGGUGGGAAAUCUUCCCAUUUCGAAUCAGACUGGACCUGUACGGUUUUGGUGGUUUUUGUCGGUCUGAGUUUUUCGGUGCUGAUUUUCGGCAUCUAUCUGCACUAUGUGGGCUUUCGGGUGGCGAAAGGUUCGUGAUUAAAAAACCGGAGUGAGGUAAAUUAUGUGUGUGUGUGUGUCUUCAGAAUAGAGCGAUCGAUUCCAUCCACCUGGUGCAGUGUAUAAUUUUAGUUUGUAGUGUGUCCAGUAGUUUGUAAGAUUGAUUUGAUAGAAUCUGAUGAUUAAUGUAAUUUAAUUUGUGAUAUAAAUCUUCAAUUUAGCUUAGUGUGCGUGUGUCUCGAAAUAAACGUUGUAAAUGAGUAUCUUGAAAUCUCAA